UCACUAUUUUAUGAAUACUUCCUGACGAAUGCAUUUUUAAAUUAACAAAAUCCUACAACUUUAUAUGAUAGCAAUUUUGAUGUCUAAAUUAGAAUUAAUUCAACAAAUGCUUUUUGAAGUUUAAAUGCUGAAUGGAGAAUUGUUUUGGCUUAUACCUUGUUUCUAUGAUAUCUUUUUUGAAAGUUUGCAAUAGUUGUGAAGAUGGUUGGUUUGAGUAUGGAAGAUAUUGCUAUUUUUUCCAAAAUAAAACAUUAAAAGGUAAAAGUUGGAGUGAUGCAUCAUUAUCAUGUCAAGUUAUGGGUGCUCAUUUGUUAAGUAUUGAGGAUCAAGCUGAAAAUUCUUUUAUUAAAAAUAUUCUUAAAGAUAACAGCCUAAAAAAAGAUAAUUAUUGGAUUGGACUCAAUGAUGAUUGGAAUAACAGAGAAUUUAAGUGGUCAGACAGCAAAUACUUGGAUUUUUUUAAUUGGUUACCAAAAAAACCUAGCAAUGCUAGAUUUGGAGAGAACUGUGUGGAAACAAAUAGAAUUGGCUGGAAUGAUAAUGAUUGUUAUGAUUAUAAUGGAUUUAUUUGUAAAUUUGUAAAAGGUAAUACUUAGUUAUGUUUGAUUAAA